AUGAAUGAAACCAAGUCGUGGAAACGCUUCCUCAAUGAGUACAUUACGGAGAACUUUGUGUUUGCCAUACGAUUCGUGGCUAUGCGACAGGUUACCAAAACUGAAAAAUGGAACAGCAAUCCGGUCACCAUUGUGUACGCUUCCGAACUGAUGCCCGUUUUGACGCUACCUUUUCCGGCCAUCACAAUCUGUCCACUAGCGAAAUCCCGUGCAGAGGACUUCAACGUGACACGGGCCUUCGAAAUGAGGAACAACAACAAAACGGUGGAUGAAGAAAGUGAAAUGAAGCUGCGUGUCCUGGCUCACGUUUGCCCAUCAUCCAGACACUGGAAGAUGUUCAACGAGUCCGAAGGGGAAAACGUAGUCCCAUCUUUGCGAGCCAUGGCACUUUCGCUCGAAAAGAUUAUGAUACACUGCUGGUGGAGGUCCUCUUCGAUACCUUGUGGUAGCAUCAUGGUGGAACGACUAAAGGAUGAUGGCAUUUGUUAUACGUUCAACUCACUGGCAUUGGAUGAAAUCUAUCGAACGGAUCAGAUAUCACAGGACUUUCUAAACUUUCCAAAUGUAACCCCGCCUUCGGAUUGGACACGAGAUAGUGGAUACCGUUAUGGGGCGGGACUGGAUGCCUAUCCGAAGCGUCCACUCACUGGUGGCAUUAUAUCCGGGUUAAUCGCGACGGCGAUGAUUAAGAAAGAAGAUCGGCAACUUAUGUGCCAGUUUUAUAAAUUCUACACUCAAUUCAACUGCAUUAUCGAAUGUGUUUCCAAUUACACGCUGGCAACGUGUGGUUGUGUGAAGUUUUCAUUGCCCCGAGCGACUGGUACGAAGAUAUGCAAUGCCAGCAAAAUAAACUGCUACCGUUAUGCUUUUCUGAAACUGUACGAGGCUGCAGUUCGAAACAUGUUGGCUGGCGGUGAUAGACGGAGUUGCAACUGUAUGCCAUCAUGUACCAGCAUCGACUACCAGGUUGGAAUGUCACAAACUCCGUUCAAUAUUGACGAUUUUCCGAUAAAGUUGAAUUUUACGACUGAAAAUGCCGAUGCAGCCGUACUGUUCGUUUUCUUCAAAUACCGCCACUACAUUCCGCUGUUGCGACGGGAACUGGUGGGAGUCAAUCAAGCUAUAGCAGAGCUAGGUGGGCUGUUUACACUUCUAAUGGGCUCCAGUAUGAUGAGUUUGGCGGAGAUUUUUUACUAUUGCUGUGUGCGGCCGCUCCGAAGAGAGCGCGCUAAAGUGAAACCCGCGGUCAAACAUCCACGAAGUCGAGGACAUCGGAUCCAUCUGCGGGUAGAACCGUGGGCGAAGCAUCGUCAUCAAACACUGGGGUUGUACGAUAAUGAUGACUUUAUUUAA